CCUCUAUCACCAUCACCUCAGCACCGCCACAGCCACCUCCCUUCACCACAACCUCCGGCGACAACCCACACCGCCGCGCCCCUUUCUCUUCUUCUUCCCCUCUUCUCACCUCCGCUGAGCCCAGAAACCACAACGCUAGCUCCUCCUCUCCACCAAAGUCCAGAGCGGCAGCGGCCACCUUCUCCAUUCCUGGGUCUCCUCUCGUCUGCCACCAAACAGCCGCGACACCCAACCUUCUCCCCCGCUAUCGGCUCUGCCUAUGCCGUUCUCGGUUCCAUCAUCUACAUCAUCGGCGGCUCCAUUAACGACGUUCCCUCCUCUCACAUCUGGCUCCUCGACUGCCGCUUCCACCGAUGGCGACGUGGACCCUCCAUGCGCGUCGGCCACGAGUUCACCACUACAGGAGUCGUCGACGGAAAGAUUUACGUCAUCGGAGGCUGCGUCGCCGACAAUUGGGCCUGGUCGGCCAAAUGGGCGGAGGUUCUUGACCCCGCCUCCGAGAAAUGGGAGCGCGUGGCGAGCCCCGCGAAGGUUCGGGAGAAGUGGAUGCACGCAAGCACCGUGGUGGACGGCAAGGUGUACGCCAUGGCGGAUUGCGGCGGCAUCGCGUUGGAUCCCCGAUGCGGCGCUUGGGAGAGCGUGGGAACGGAGCUGGACCUCGGGUGGCGAGGGAGGGCGUGUGUGGUGGAUGAUAUUCUUUAUUGCUACGAUUACUUGGGGAAGAUUAAAGGGUUCGAUGUGAAGAGUGGGGUAUGGAAAGAGCUGAAGGGGUUGCAUAAGGGGUUGCCUCGGUUUCUGUGUGGUGCUACCAUGGCUGAUUUGGGUGGGAAGUUGGUUGUGGUGUGGGAGUGUGGUGGUGGGAAUGGGAAAGACAUCAUUUGGUGUGCUGAGAUUCAAGUUAGCAAGAAGAAUGGUGAACUGUGGGGUGAGGUUGAUUGGUUCCAGAAGGUUCUUUCUGUUCCCAAAGGCGAGUGGAGGUUAUGGUGAAGAAGAUGAAGAUGAUUGUGGUGAAUGGUUGCCUCAGAUAUGGCUUUGGGGAGGGGGGGUGGGAGUGCCACGUAGGUUCGGAAACCCACGAGCCAAGCUCAGAUCCAAGCCAGGACACUUUUGUCACACGGACAGCAACUAUCAUGGGUACAAGAUUAGUUUCGAGCUUUCAUGGGUACAAAUGUCAGCGUUUUUAUCUCUCAUGGAUACAAAUGGUCAUUUAUUCUAAAAAAUAACUUGUGUUUUCACUCUUAAAUAUGUGAUAUCACAAUAAAUAUAAAAAGAUUCAAACUUUUCUUUCUAUUUUACGUGUAGAUAUAUACUACACGGCGACACACCAUAUAACAACGGAAUACAAAAGGAUUCAUUUUCUUUUUUCUCAUGAAUAUAUAAUUGUCUGAAAAAUAUACACUUGUCAAAUAGAGUAACCUUCCAAUCAAUUUCUUAUAACUUGUGAUGUCUUCUAACUUCUAAGGAGUGUUAUCUUUCUUUGAUAACUUUGUAGUUUGGAGUGCUAAUUGAUUUGCUGUUCAAAAAUCUAAAACCCUUAGCAAUGUCCUAUUUCUUCUGGCACAAAUCAAUUCCUUGGUUUGAUUAUGUCACUUCCAUUCCUCAAAAGUAUUUAAAGUCAUCCAAGUCCUUCACAUAUAAUAGGAUUGUUGUAAAUCCUUAAGCCUUAGUGCGCAAUCAACUCUUUUUGUAUCUAUCAGUGUUUCCAUGAGCAUUGAAUUUCACGCUGAGUAUCCAUGUACAAGUAUUGUUCUGUUUUAAUGUGUUGACCUCAUUGUAGAUUGUUGUAUCGGAAAGAGGGUAUAUCAGUUUCUUCAUAACUCUUAUGCUCUGGAUUUGAUGUGAUUGCCAAGGUUACCAUGUUUACGGUUCUAGUUGUCGUAUGAUUAGUUACUGAUAAGUUACUGAUAAGUAGAAAUCCAAUUGAUUUGCAUGAGACAGUAACUAAAUCAGAGAUUGAUAUCAUGUAAUAAUAGUCUUUGAGAUGAAUGGUGAUCUACUGAUCUAUUUUAUUUUGGAUUUUUUUA